AUGACCGAGUCGGACCCUGAGUUGCCCGAAGAGGUAACCAAAGACUUCAGAAAGGACUGGGACCCCAAAUGGGACUGGGGAAGGGCCAAGAGCACGGAAGACGCCGUGGAACAAAAGAAGAAGCGCGCGACCAUCAUCCUGGACAAUUACCAAUUGUUGAUGAAGUAUGCUGUUGCGAACAACCAGUCGAUUCCAGCAACGCGAGUCUACUUCACAAAAGUUGCAGCGGGAGCUUCGCCAGAUCCGAUCAUCAAGGAUUGGUUUCAUCUCAAGACCUAG